AUGCCAACCGUAAAGCGUGACUGCAGUAACGAGGAAUUCGACAAAUGGUUGGACAGAGAUUUUACCAGUGUAUUCAGAUCGGGAUAUGUAAAUGUGAAAGGGGUAACUAUGCCGAGGAGAUUUGAGGAAUUACAAAGUGAUAUUUUUAAUUGGAAUAUUAUAUACGUUACAAGGAAUCCAAAAGACACAUGUAUUUCAUAUUACAAUCAUUCAAGAUUAAUGGAAGGAUACAGAGGGAGUUUUGUAGAAUUUUGUCAGCUAUUUUUGGCUGGAAAACUAACCUUCGCACCGUAUUGGAAUCACGUGCUGCCCUUUUGGGAGAAACGAAACCAGCCAAAUAUUUUAUUCUUAAAAUACGAAAAGAUGAUCCAAGACCUGCCUUCCAUAAUAAAAGAAGUCGCCGACUUUCUAGAAACACCCCUCACCGACGAACAAAUCGCCACUUUAUCUGAUCAUUUGAGUUUCGAAAGUAUGAAGAAAAAUCCCGCCGUUAACUACGAAAUGAUUGUGAGCUUGAAUAGAAAGUUUAAACUUAUAGAAUGUGAUGGUACAUUUAUGAGGUCGGGAAAGGUAGGGGAUUAUAAGGCGAAAAUGUCUCCUGAGAUUAUACAGGCCUUUGAUGAAUGGACGGCAGAAAAUGUACAAAAUACAGAUUUUUCGUUCUAG